AUGGGCAUGGAGGAGGGAGCUGGCAAAUCGCAGAGCGAUGGCGGCAGUCUCGUGGCAAGCCCCGGGGGAGAACCACCAUCGCCAGCAGGAUCACAGGCAGCCGUCACCGUCAUGCAUUGGUCUGUGGUCGACAUCUGUGCCCGCAGCUGGGGCUGACAUGCCCACAUGGAUGCGAAAAAGGAAGGAGAGCAGACACCCACGUAUGUAAACCACCAGGGCCACCCAGCCGCCAGACCACAGAACCACCAGCCCAUUCCACCCAGCACCACCCACCAAAAACCACAAUUACUACGGAACCCCAGUGCGCUUUGCUGCCCAAGGCAGUUGAAUGCGUGAAAACAUUUUUUUUUUUUUUUUGUUGGUCGUCAAUUGUCGCCUGCGAAACUCGUUGUAAGCAUAUUAUAUUUAGAGAAAGUUACUUUAAAAUACAAACAUGUUACUGAAUUUGCCAAAUACGAAAUAUAUUAAUAUACAAUAUUAAA